AUGUUGGAUCUCAGCCUUGGAAUGUUCUCUAACUAUCAAGAAGAUCAAGAUCGCAAAGUACCAUUAGUCUCAGCCGCCGGUGACGAAGAAUCCAACCUCUCUUCCUCCUCCUCAUCUUCCAAAGAUUCUGCCGCCGCGGGAAAACCUUUCAUCACCUUUGGUAUUCUCAAACGCGACGAUGGUGUGGUUCCUCCUCCACCUAAAGAAACCGGAGAUCUUUUCCCCGUGACUGAUGCUCGCCGGAAUAUUGAGUUCUCUUUAGACGACAGUCACUGGUUGAGACUGUCGUCUUUACAGAGGAACAAGCAGCAAGUGGUAAAGAAGAGCAGAAGAGGACCAAGGUCACGAAGCUCCCAGUAUCGUGGCGUCACUUUUUACCGUCGCACCGGUCGUUGGGAGUCUCAUAUUUGGGAUUGUGGAAAGCAAGUUUAUUUGGGUAAGUAUAAUAUCCAACCAUUUUUAAUUAUUGGAUGUGUGGCCUACGACCGAGCUGCAAUCAAAUUCCGUGGUCUCGACGCAGAUAUCAACUUCGUUGUGGAGGAUUACAAACAAGACCUUGAUAAGAUGAAGAAUUUAGAUAAAGUGGAGUUCGUGCAAACACUUAGGCGAGAGAGUGCGAGUUUCGGAAGAGGAAGUUCCAAAUAUAAAGGCUUGACUCUUCAAAAAUGCACCCAGUUCAAAACUCAUCAAGAUCAGAUUCAUCUCUUCCAAAACAGGGGAUGGGAUGCAUCAGCGACCAAAUAUAGUGAGUUAGGAAAGGGAGGAGUCAUGAAGUCUGGUGCUCAUAUUAAAGGGAAUGCUCACAGCGAUCUUGAACUAAGUCUUGGUCUUUCAUCAUCAUCGCAAAAUAUAAAGCUGACAACAAGCGACUACUACAAAGGUAUCAACCAAUCCACGAUGGGUUUGUUUGGUAAGCAAUCAUCGAUCUAUUUACCGGUGACGACCAUGAAACCUUUGAAGACAGUUGCAGCAUCAUCAGGAUUCCCUUUUAUCACCAUGACCACACCCUCUUCCUCCAUGUCCACUAGUUUUGAUCCAUAA